UGCCCCAAGAUGUCGUCUGUUCCCGGCAUGAUCGGUUCUAUCGAUCAUUACCAUCGAGGCAAGUCUUUUGCUAAUUAUGUUGAGCGAUUUGAAGUCAUGUGCAAACUCAACAAGGUGGCUUCAGAUGCAGAUAAGUUGUCGUGGUUUAUCUCUGUGAGUGGCGAGGACGUUUUUGAUGAAAUUAAAUUGAUUUUUCCUAAGCAAGAAAUUGAAAAACUUGAAUUUAAGGAGGUUGUUAAGCAGCUGAAAGGCAGGUUUGAUAAAGCUGUGCCAGCCAUGAUGUAUCGAUUUGAUUUUUACAACCGUUUUCAACUUCUUAAUGAAAGUUCUGAGAAUUUUGUACUCUCAGUAAAACUUCUCGCUGAAGAUUGCAACUUCAAUGCAUUUAAAGAUGAGGCUCUUCGCGACAAACUUGUUAUGGGCAUUAAAGACAAACGUUUGCAACAUAAACUGCUAGAAGAAGAAGAUUUAAGCUUGGCGCAGGUUGAAAAGAUGGUAAUCAACACGGAGAGGGCUGAAAAACGGGCUCAACAAAUGGGUGAAAAUCGUGUGGAACAUGUUGGUGCUACUGCUAGUGUUCUAGCUGUUCAUCAGCGAUUGGGACCUAAAGUUAAUUCUUGUUCGGGGAGAUAUCGUUCACGCAGCAGGAGUCGUGAUCGUGGUCAUGAGCGCAGAGGACGUGACAUGGAUCGCAGAGGUCGAGAAGUGAGUCGUGAGAGGCGAGAUUACGAUCGCAGAUCUCACAAUCGUAAUCACAGCUACGAUCGCAGCCGCAGCCGUGAACAAAAUUACUACAACAAUGCGAUUUGUAAUUAUUGCAAAAGAAAGGGACAUAUUAAGCGUUUUUGUGAUUUGCUCGCGGGUAAACAAGUUAAAAGGGUGAAUUUUGUUGAAGAGGAUACUCCUGAAACUAAACCGGUUUUUGACAAAUUCAACAGAAUCAGAAUCAACAACUCUGAGGAUGAUGAAAGUGAGAUGCAGUGCAUGAAAAUUGGGGAUGAGAAGACCUUAAGUGAGCCGUGUUUAGUGGAUGUUCGAGUUCAUGACAAAUUUUUGGAAAUGGAAGUUGACACAGGGUCAGCAGUUGCUGUUAUUAGCCAACAUUUGUACGAGCAACAUUUCAAUGAAAUUCCUCUAAAAUCUUGCAAUAAACGCUUGGUUGUGGUUAAUGGUUCGGGUUUGGAGGUGCUUGGACAGAUUUCUGUUGAAAUUGGGUUGAAUAAGCGAACCGAGACCGGAAAUUUGGUUGUUUUGAGGUGUUUGAAGAACUUUACACCACUUUUAGGCAGAGAUUGGCUUGACAUGUUCUAUCCUGGCUGGAAAACUCAGUUUUUACCGGCAAAUAUCAUUGGAAAUUUGGAUUACAAAUCAACUGACACAGUUUUAGGGUACCAAGCUGAUCUGACCUUUAAAUCAGAACAACCAAUUUUCAAGAAGGCGUAUCAAGUUCCGUACAAGAUCAAAGACAAAUUUAAUGAGCAUUUGGACAUGUUGGAGCGACAGGGAGUGAUCACACCGAUCAAGGCGAGCGAGUGGGCUUCGCCAGUUAUUGCGAUUGUGAAAAAGGAUGGGGAUUUACGCAUGAUUCAAAUUGGGCGACACGUGGCUACGGCGCACAGACAUCAGCUGAAGGCGUUGCACGUUCCCAAACGUGGGUCCGCGAAGAUGUGUUUUGCGGCCAACAGUUACAAACGCAACUUCUCCUCAAUCGAUGACGAUGGAGGAUUACUCGGGCAUUCGAGGGAUUACGCGGUGUAUCGUAAGCAGAGAAAGGUUGACAACGAAUCCCGCAGUCCUGUUAGAACGAGGUCGAGGGCCAGAUUGGAGAAUCAGCUGUGACACAAUUAGCAGAUCUACCUUUGCGUUCAGGUGCAAGUUCUAAGAAAUGCACAGUCGAACCAAUCAUCAUGAAAAAUACAUUUUUGCGCUGAAUUAAAGUGAAUUUGAAAUUAUAUUUCUUUCUGAUAUUGUUAACAGUGUAGUAUAUAAGCAGUGAAAUGAAAUUAAGUUUAUAUUCUCGAUAAAUAUGAAAUCAAAUACAAAUUAGAAAGAAUUUGCUUUAGAGGGAAGAUCUUGUAGUGUCCAGAUAAAAUUAUCAAUAAUUAUUAACCGUGUUCGGUAAAACCGAUUGAAUAUGAUCGGGAUGAACUCGCAACGAUCGAGUGAGAUCGGGAACGAUCGUGCGAGAUCGUGCAGGUAUAAAAAGCCAUUUUUAUUUAAUAAAAGAUUGAUUCGAAUCUAGCCGUCAGCGAGUACGGAGACAGUAUAAUUCGAUAUUUAACUUAAUCCUAAAUCCGAGUCUUAAAACUAUUUCCUAAUCCCUAUUUAAACUUAUAAGAAGUUUACGCGAGUGAGUAAGAAUAUUAAACUUUUAACACAGCAUCACUCAGUCCUACCAAAACUCUGUCAAUGAUUGCAACUUCUUUGAAAUUUUCAAACCCACAAAACUCAGCCUGAAGUUUAACCGCUUGCACAAACUCCUCAGCGGUUUCGUCUGGUUGUUGAGUCCUUUGACUAAACCGAAACCGUUGUACAAGGUCAGGCUCAGUAAGAUCAAGUUUAAGCUUGAGUUUUGCCACAAUGGUAGCAUAAUCAGCUUUAUCUAAUUCAUCCUUCUUGAAGAGAAGUUUCAAUUGGGAAUAAAUGUAUGGCCCGCAAAGAUUCAUAAAAUGAGAUUUUUGAAGAUCACCCUCCACUUUGUUAGCUUUGAAGGUGUAAUCCAGCCUAUCAGCCCAAUCGCCAAAGGUCGUGCCUUUGCGAUAUUGCUCAAUGCUUGAAGCCAUACUCAUUUUGCC